AGAGACUCACAUGGAGAAGCACAUGUUGUGAAUAACCACUGAAGGCAGAGAUGAAGGGAUGGAGCCGAGAAAUAAAAACAAAAACGAUUCAGGAGAGGAGAUGAGGCGAAGAGAGUGCGCGCGAGAGAGGAGAGACGGAGGAGAAGAAAGAAAGCAUCGGUCCAUUUUCACUGUCAUCCCGCAGCAGACGCGCCACUGAAUCAUGCUGAUAAGCCGAUCCGUACUGCUCGUCCUCAGCUCGUGUGUGUGCCUGAGUGUGUGUGUGGAGAACGCAGACGCUCCGGCUCUACGCACGGCGACAGAGCGACAAGGCAACUCAUCAUCUCCAACCGAAACCUUUCAGAGCAGACAGAGGGAUGCUUUUAAACAAGAGCAGGAGGAUAAGCAGCAGCCGAGAUCCUCACGCAGAGACCAGAUUAAAGGCAGCGUCUCAGAAAGCACCGCAUCUGCACUUUCCCUUCAGCAAAGCAGCAAAAACUCGAAGCUAGGCUUAAAGACAAACACCACAAUCCAUUCCACGGAUAUCCCAAAGUCCCUGAGUUUCCAGGAAGUGCUAAAUGGAACUGUCCGUCUCUCCAGGAGACGGAGGAGCUGGAUCUGGAACCAGUUUUUCGUUAUCGAAGAGUACAGUGGACCAGAACCGGUUCUGCUCGGACGGCUGCGUUCCAGUGUGGACCGAGGUGAUGGGCGUGUCCUGUAUGUCCUGAGCGGUGAGGGGGCAGGGUCAGUGUUUGUGAUUGAUGGCCGAACAGGGAACAUCCACGUGACAAAGCCUCUGGACCGCGAGCAGAAGGAUCAGUACAGGCUCGUCGCCACGGCAACAGACCAGCGGACGGGCCGUGUGCUUGAGGCCUCGUCCCAAUUCACUAUCAGAGUGCAGGACAUAAAUGACAACCCACCUGUGUUCAAGCACACACACUACAUUGCCAGUGUGCCUGAGAGAGCCAGUGCUGGGACGGCUGUGAUUCAAGUGACAGCGACAGACGCAGAUGAUCAGUCGUAUGGGAACAGCGCAAAGCUUGUUUACUCCGUCAUCCAGGGCCAGCAGUAUUUCACUGUGGAUCCACAGUCAGGUGUCUUGAGGACUGCAGUGUCUGAUAUGGACAGAGAGCAGCAGUCUCAGUACAUCGUGGUCUUGGAGGCAAGAGACAUGGCGGGACAUCAGGGGGGUCUAACAGGAACAACCACCAUCACUGUGCACCUCAGCGACGUCAAUGACAGCCCGCCACGUUUCACUCAACGCGUGUGGACGUUCUCCGUAUCAGAGUUAGCGCUCCCCGGUGCUGAAGUAGGCCGUGUGAGUGCUACAGAUGCUGAUGUGGGUGAGAACGCUCGACUCGAGUUUACCAUCUCGGACGGAGAUGGGGGGGAAAUGUUCAACAUCACCGGACUGAACCAAGAGGGCGUGAUUAUACUCAACCAGGGAUUAGACUUUGAGACACGUAGCUCAUACACACUCUCAGUGGAGGUCCAGAACCCAAGUGUGGAUAUGCGGUUCCUCCGUGGUGGUGUGUUUAAGGAUGAGGCGGUGGUGAGGAUCAGUGUCCUGAACGCAGACGAGCCGCCGCACUUCACUCGCAGUCAUUACACACUGAACAUCACAGAGAACUGCAGAGCGCCGUGCAGCGUGGGACGAGUUCACGCUGUGGACCCUGAUACAGGACACAGCACCAGUAUAGAGUACUCGAUUGUCCCUGCGUCUGACCCUAAGGCUGUGUUUCGUAUCUCCCCUGUUAGUGGCCUCAUUACCGCGGUGAAGGUGUUGGAUCGAGAGCGUGAACAGUGGCACAACAUCACUGUCACUGCUGCUCAGAGAGACAGCCCCAAUCAGGUUACCAGGGUAGGGGUUGCCAUAGAAACGCUGGAUGUGAAUGACAACCCCCCUGAGCUGGACGGACCAUAUGAGACGGCAGUUUGUGACACCAGCACCGCUGGACAGGUGGUGCAGGUGAUUCGAGCCAUAGACAGAGACGAGAUCAGCUCCGGUUCACCCGUACACUUCAGUGUGUCUGCGCACAGCAGCCGGUCUCUGAACUUCACCACUCAUGCGAGAGGAAAUCACACAGCCAAUCUGCUGCUCCUGUCCUCUCUGAAGCCCAUCCCUCGCCCCGCCUCUUCUCCUUUACACACUGUAAAAGUACCCAUAAUCCUCCGGGACAGAGCGUCUGAGCUGAGCAGCACGGGGACGGUGACAGUGACGCUGUGCCCCUGUCAGAAUGGAGGGAUGUGGGUGGAGGAGAGAAGGAGAGGGAUGGAUGGAUGGAGGAGUGGUGAUGGAGAGGUGCUGAUGGAGUGGGAGAGACAGAUGGUGUGUUUGUCUCUGCCGAGGUCCUCCAUGCUGUUGGGAUUCAGCUCGGCCACCAUGUUGGCCAUCCUGGCCUGUUCCUCCGUCCUCAUCGUAGUGGUGGUCUUGUCGCUGUCCAUGCGGAGGAAGAAGAGUGACUCUCUCUCUCCGGUGGAGGACGAUGAGAUCAGAGAGAACAUUAUUACAUAUGAUGAUGAGGGUGGAGGAGAGGAAGACACAGCUGCGUUCGACAUCACUGCACUGAAGAGUGUCCCACACGCCAUACACACGCGAGGUGUUGGUUCCGUCCCUCUGUACGGUCCUCUGUGCUACAGCAUACACACAGCGAGUGGGAGCCUGUUUGGUGGGGGUGAGUCUCGGCUAGAUCGGGAUAAACCAGCGCACACACUCCCUAGCGGAUACACACUGAACAUCGAGCUGCUAGAACCGGGUUCUACACUCACAGAACCGGCUGAGGAAUGGAAGAGUCCAGAUCAGAACAGGCCUGAAGAUUCUGAUGAUAUCAUACUGAAAAAGAGCCAGACAGGAAGUGAUGUCAUCGCUCAAGAUCAGACUCCGUUAGUCCUAAAUGACUCUGCAGAUCAUCCGGUCGCAUCUCAUACAGCUCACCUCCACUCCUCCGUCUCCUCAUCUGUCGCUCCAGAUGAAAUCACGCCUCCACACAGCACAGGAAUCAGCACAGCUCCGUUCAGAACCAUGGAGGGAACUUUACUAAGAGCUGGCGGAGGGAUACAUCUGACCAGAACUCCUUUUAUGUACCUGAAUACAGGCCAGGACUGCAUUCAGCACCUUGUCGGGCUACGUGUUGGAGGGCGGAGCUUCUUUAGACCUGAUUUAGGGGGUGUGGCUGUCCCUCUGACUCUUAGUAUAGAAGAAUUGCUGCAGCACCGACUCGCCCGAGUGACCUUUGACCCCAUGCAGCCCCCGUACGAUUCACUGCAGAUGUAUGAGCAUGAGGGGGCGGAGUCAGAGACCGCCUCGCUCAGCUCUUUGGAGAGCGAAGGAGAUGGAGGGAUGGAGGGGGAAGGGUUAAUUGAUUGGGGGCCCAAGUUUAACAAGCUGCUGGAGAUUUUUAGAGAGAGGGAACUGAAGAAAGAUGGACAGACGAAAGAGGAGGAAACGGAGGAGAGACAAAUACAUGGAGAGCAGCAGAAGAGUGUGGAGGAAGUGGACGGAAAACAAGAAGUACGGAAUGAACUAGAUAGCAGAAAGGAUUGAGAGAAUAAAGAAUGAUUUCUCUUCAGAGAGAUGAGAGAGUGAACGAUGAAGGAGAAAGAGUGAUACUUAACAAGUUGCUGGAGAUCAUGAGAGACGGUAGGAGUAUAGGCAAGGAGAAAAGAUGGAGGGAAUAAAGAGGAGCAGAGAAGAGGUUCAGUGAAAAGGAAUGGAAAAAGCGAAAGGCAGAACAAAAGAGAAAGAUAGAAGGGUGAGAUAGAAGACGAGAGAGGCGGAUUGAGCUGGUAGAGAUCUUUAGGGAAAGUAGAUGAAAUGUGAGAGAAGAAAGAAGAACUGAGGUGAAAGAAAGCAUGGAAGAGAAAAAUAAACAUGUGAAGGGGAGGCAAAAAGGAAUAGAAGGUGGAAGAGAAAGAGAGAGAGAGAGAAAGCAAAGGCUAAUCUAGCAAGCAUAGCUCUUGUGUAACGUUGCAGGCGGAGUCUCAGACAGCUGUCAAUCAAGUGUGCUCAUUAGAAUAUUAGGCUACGCCCACACCUAAAGACUGAGUUAAGCUGCUGUUUGCGUGUUUUACAACAUUUCUAUUCUGUCUAUAAUAUAACAGUGAACUUUGGAAUCAUACAAACACCUUUAAUAUUUUACUCCUCCUUCCCCAUGAUCACGGAGUGAGAAGUUACAAAACAGCUGAAAUAUUGAUUUGGCUGUGUGAGCAGCAUUGUGUUAAAAAAAAUAAUAAAUGAAUAAAUAAAAGAGGCCUCAUAAAUAAUACACGGUCUUCCGAAUCUAAGGAAAUAGAAACAUCUCUCCCACAGGAUAGAACCAAAAAUCAGGUUUUAGGGAGAGCGAGAAUAAAAAUGUUUCUUUAUAGAAAGUCACAAGUGAAUAUGCAUGUACACACACACCCACACACACACACACACACGCACACACACACACACUAUCCUAUGUGCAUAACUUGGUAAAACUCCUUCCGACGUCCUUUUCCUUCACUGAACAGAUCCAAACUCCAGACGUUGCACAUCAGUAGUGAGAGAGUGAGAAAUCAAUCUCACGCUAAACCAUUUAGGAUGCAAGAAGAAGUCUUAUCAGUCAAAAAAAGCUUUCAAAACGUCUUCCAUUCUUCCUUCCAGCCUUUAUGUAUCUCCAUUCAGUUGCUUUUGUGCUGUGAUUAUUGAGCAGCGCUUGAAGAGCUUUAGCUGCCGUCAUUGUUCUCCAUGUCCAUCUCACAGAACAGACCCAGAACACGAGUGAACCAAGCCAGGCAGCAGAAUUCACACGCUGCUUUGGAACUCUCUCGAUCCUUUAUCAGUAAUGCAUAUAAACGUGUUCAUAACAUUUGAUAUCAUGUGCAUAAUUACAUAAUUAUCAUCCCUGGAUUAAACCUGUAUAAAUAUGUAUAAAGUCUCGUUACUAUAAUUGCACUUUAUAACACGAGUGGAUGACUUCAUCAUGCCCCGCCCUCCACAUAACGCAUUAUAAUAUCGGUACGUAAGGACAUAUAAGGUAAACAAUGAUUAUAAUACAUAAUACACGUUACGGUUUCUAUAGUGACAGCUCAUGUACAGCGAGCACUCCACUGAUAAUAAACAGAUAAAAAAAACCUAUGGUGAAAAUUUCUAUAAGGAGAAAUUUGAUUAUGGAAGGAGUCUCCAGUGUCAGCGCUUUGUAACGGUCAGAGGUAAAGCUGUAACUUUAAGUUUUCCCACAUCUUCAGGACAAAGAGGUUUACACUUCUUUGUGGGUUCUCAAUAACAUGCGUAACAAGCUGUGUUUCUUUUGUCUUAUUGACUUGAAGAGAGAGAAUAGAGAGAGAGAAUAGAGAGAGAAUAGAGAGAGGGCUGGUGAGGGAACGAGUGUUUAGAGCUGCUAUAACGUGAGUGAAAACAGGAACUGACUCGUUUCACUGACGUUCCAUGACAUUAAAUGUAACUAUAAAUGGAUAAAAGUAUGACUAUGUAUGACUAUGAGUAUGUUCUUUAAUAAUACAUUUUACAUUUACAUUUAAUUGUUGGCAGAUUGUUGCAGAUAAUUGCAGAUGAUCUUUUUAUUCAAUUAAAUUGCAGAUUAUUUAUUUUUUAAACAAUGGCGUUUUUUUUAUCCGUUUAUAGUUACAUUAAACAUUAUGGAAGUUUCACAAGUCAGAGCUGCUGUUGUUAUUAUUUUGCUAUUAUUAUUCAACACCCUCACAACGUGGUAUAAAGUGAUUUUAAUUCCUGAAACUCUGCCUUUUAAUUUAACAUCACGAUCACGAUGCAUUCACUGUGAUGGUUCGUGAUGUAAGGAGUUUCCUUCCAGUUUCCGGACUUUACGGGUUCCACUUUCAAAUAAAUGUUGUGAACAUUUUUUUUUUUAUGUUGGUGAAAGUGACUCUGCAUGAAACGAGCAGGUGAACGAAGCGUUCCAGUUAUUCGGGUUGUCUUCGAUUAACAAUUAAAGAUACUUCUGAACUAUUUUUUCUCA